AUGGUGGAAAUUCAGGGUUGCUUGAGCAGAAAUGAUAAUGAACGACAGGAAUUUGCGGACUCCAUUGCAAGAAAGUUUCAAGCAAAGGAGAACGCAAAGGCUAAUGUUGAAAAAGAAAAACCUCGACCCGCUCAAGGUGAAUCAAGUAGAAGAAAUGAUGGUGUGUCAACCGGCACUAGAUCCAGACGAGCCCCAAGCAACGAUGAUAAUCAUAGGCCAACCAAGAGAGGUGGAGGUCGUAGUGGUGUUGAUCGUGGAGGCAGAAACAGUGGAGGUGGCCGUAGUAGGCUAUCCAAUGUUGAUCAAGGUGGUCGUGCCAGUGGUGGUGACUGUGGUGGAAGAUUAAGUGGAGGCAGUCGUGGUGGUCGCGGUUAUCCUCCUUAUCUCAACAUGCUUCCCGGUGGGAAUGCAGAAAACUGA